AUAGCCACAUACGAGCUCGAAUAAUAAACAAACAAACAUACGGAUCACAGGAAUUAUUACAUACAUCUUCUGUAUCUAUAUUAUACUCGAAUCCACUGCUUUGAAUUAUCUUUCGAGUCAAACAUAUUGCCCAUCAUGGCAACUACUAAACAACGUCUCGCACUUUCCAUCAUCGAUUUCCUCUCUACCUCCCUCAUUGAUGGUACCCUCAACGAAGAAGAACGCGAGUCCAUCGAAAUCGCCCAAAACUGUAUUUCCGAGUCCUUCAAAGUCGAUCCUACAGAUGCCACUCCCAAAGAUUCCCAAAACCUUCUCCAAAUUUACAGUGUCUAUGAAAAAUUAAGACAAUCCCAAGCAGCAGCUGCUCCUCCCAAACCUGCCAAUGAAACCCCAACUGGCAAGCAACCUAGCGAGGAACAAAAAAAAGAAGCCGAAGGAUUAAAGAGUCAGGGAAAUGCAGCUAUGGCUAAGAAAGAUUAUAAAAAAGCAAUUGAUUUAUACUCGCAAGCUUUGGCUAUCAUACCCGGUAACCCAAUUUUCUUGAGUAAUCGCGCAGCUGCAUAUUCAGCAUCUAAGGAUCAUGAAUCUGCAAAGGCGGAUGCGGAGGCAGCAGUUGAUGCUGAUCCUAAAUAUACAAAGGCAUGGUCUAGAUUGGGACUUGCGAGAUUUGCAAUGGGAGAUGCGAAGGGUUCGAUGGAAGCCUAUGAGAAGGGGAUUGAGUAUGAGGGAAAUGGGGGAAGUGAUGCUAUGAAGAAGGGAUAUGAGACUGCGAAGAAGAGAGUGCAGGAAUUGGAAGCUGGAGGAUUAGAUGAGGAUGAGGUUGCUGAGAGAGGUGCUCCUGGUGGUGCAGGUGGUAUGCCUGAUUUGGCUAGUUUGGCGGGUAUGUUUGGUGGUGGUGGAGCUGGUGGUGGUGGUGGUGGAAUGCCCGAUUUGAGCUCGAUUAUGAGUAAUCCUAUGUUUGCGAGCAUGGCUCAAAACUUAAUGAGUAACCCGGAUGCGUUGAAUAGUAUUAUGAGUAAUCCUAGGAUACGCGAGAUGGCUAAUCAAUUUGGUGGUGGUGGAGCUGGAGGUAAUGGAGGUGGAAUGCCGGAUCUUUCAAGUUUGAUGAAUGAUCCUUCUAUUGCUGAGAUGUAAGUCUUGUCUUUUUAUAUCAAUCUUCCAUAUGUACUAAUAUAAUCAAACAGGGCUAGAAACUUAGGUGGAGCAGGAAGAGGUGCAGGUGCUGGACGUGGUGCUCCCCAAUAGACGAAUGAUUUUGUGAUUAGCAUGUUAACGAUUCCCUUGAGAGCACAUUUGGUUCAUUGUUUCAUGACAAUUUGUUACGAGAGAAUGGAUAGAUACGAAUACUCAUUGCAAACAAAUAUCAUAUAACCUAAUUAGUACCUUGUGUUUGGGGUGAAAUUAUGUCUAUAAUUGCAUG